AAUAUCACCAGUAGUCAACAUGAUAAUAUGUUUUAUUGUUCUUGUAUCGCAUCGCGAAGUGAACGAGGUAUUAUCGGCUCAUUGGAGAAAAUCUAUUCCAAGUAUGUUUCUAAACUGGAGAGUGAAGAUGUGCACACGAGUGGCUGUCCUCUGUGUCAUAGGACAUUUGAGAACAACAGGCAGAUUGCUGCUCUUGUCACUGAGCUGAGGACUAAGAUUCGAACUCUGCCCGAGAAAAGAGUAUCCAAUGAGAGGAAUCUUUCCAAUGAACAAAAACGCUAUGACCGCAUUCUUGAACUGGCCCCAGCUAAGGAAACUUUAGAAUCUCUCGAGAACAUUGAAAUUCCUGACGUUAAAAUCAAAUUGGAAGAGAUAGAAAGAGAAGUGCAAAGAAUUGAAGAGGAAAUUACUGAGGUACGUCAUGUAACAACACUGAACAACACUAAACAGAGAGAAUAUUGA